AGAUUAUUUAAACAUUUUUAAAUUAAAAUCAUAAUAUUUAAGGAGUUUCUAAAUUUUACAAGAAGCAGCCAAUUAAUCUGGUCGGUAAAGUGAAACUAAAACCAAUCAACAUCUUGAAAUACGUGCCGGAAUGCUAUUAAAAUCGUGCGUGCCGUGCGUGGUUGUGAAAAGUGUUUGAAGCUUGUGACCAAAAAUGUGAAUGUGUAUUUAUUAGAAUCGAUGCUAAAGAGUGAAAUCUGGAAUACAAGAAAGCAUUAGAAUAUCGUGAAGUAGCAGAAUGGAAUCGCCAAAGAGGUAAAGAGUUCCCAAAAUGUACCCGCCAAAAAAGGAUACCCAAGGCUCCGGUUCGUCAUCGAAACUCGUUUUAGCCGGUGUUUCUGUUAGGAAGUGUGCGAAAAUUGUUUACAAACAGUGCCCCAUCUCCCCCCUGCGUGGGGACUCGCGAUAAAAAAAAGGAAAAAAGGAAAGCCAAGCCCUCGCCGUUUCAAGAUCACCGCGUCACCAGCAACAGCAGCAGCAGCUGUUCCAAGUGCUCUGUGUGUGUGUGUGCGUGUGUUUAAUGAUGGCGGACGAAACGGCGGAGGUACGAUCGCUGUUGAUGCGUCACCGGCUCUCGAUCGUGCGUGAUCUCGUGGGCACGGGGCUGCUGCAGGUGCUGCUGAAGGGGGGCGUGCUAACGGUGGCCCAGGAGGAGCAGCUGAACGCCGAGGACAGUCUGGAAGUCCGAUGCGAGCAACUGAUCGAGCUGAUCGCCGGCGGCGGUUUCGAACAGUUUAAACAAUUCUGCUACGCCAUCGAAUCCGAGUGCAGCCAGCUGAUAUCGGACCUGAUCAACGAUAAACUUUCUCAAGUGGAUGAUGGCGGUGGGGAGCCGCAGCGGAAACGCUACGAUCACCACCAUCAUGGUUCAUCGGCGUGCGUCAACCGAGAGCACAGUCAGCAUCAUUCAUGCUGUGAUCUGGGCGUGAUCGGUGAGACGCAGAACCACUAG